AUGGGAUUAUUUGGGGUGCUGCAGGGCGGGGGCGCUUCAACCGAAAGCUAUGAUGUACCUGAUAUUCCUGACACAGCGGCAGAGCCCUCGCGUGGGGAUUCUUUCGAAGAUGUUGAACCUCAGCCUGAUCCGGUUAAAGAGAUGGAGAAUCUUCAUCGGGAGAAUGAAAGCCUAAUGCAAAGGUUGGAAAUUGCCGGGGAGACUACAAAAGCGGCGCGGAGGGUGCAAUUAAUCGCAGAGGAGAGGCUUCGACGACAAAAUGAGCUACUCCGCGAGUCACGCAAGAAUACAGAGACGGCACUAAAAGAGCAGUCUCAGACAUUAUCCAAGCUUACUGAACUUCAAAAAUGGACUGAAAGUAUUGACGAUGGUGAGGUCGUUGAAGUUAUGCGCAAGCUUUUCCAGAGAUUGGAGGACUGGACCAAACGGCAUUUCAACGAAGUAUUCCAUGUGACACAAUUUAUGAGAAAUGCUCAUAUUGAUGGGGCCCUGCUUAGCUACCGCAAUUCUCCUCUUACUAUUCAGGUUAUUCAAGCAGCCAUCUCCGAGGAAGUCUUGCGUGGAAUAUUUUCCCGUUUUAUGGUUGGCCUCCCAGACAGGUCCUGUGACGCAAUUUUCCUUGAAAUUGACACCAAAGUAUCAAGAUCUUUCCCACUGCAUGUUUGGCAACACUGGCGUUCUUCCACCAGUCGUGCAGUGGCAUCUCUCGCGAGGGAAGAAAUUGGCGGUAUUUGUGAUCAGAUUACACAAAACAUAGACGAUGUCUUCGGCUGGUAUACUCUCACAGAUACCAUGGAUAGGAAGCAUGAAUUGAAAGACCUGCUACUGGAAUGUGUGAGGUUCAAGAUGACACUUGAUCGUCAAGCAUCCAUAUACUUUUUCCACGGGAGCUGCCCGGGAACACCUUUCUCUGAAGAGAGAAUGCGGAGUUUUACCGGAGUAUGUUCUACGGAAGCGACAGUCUCACAAAGCAUAUGGCCGAUGCUCUGCAAGGGAAGCUCUGAUAAUUGGAUCAUUGUGGAGAAGGAAGUCGUGCACCUGAUCGAGCUGGAUCCUGCGACUCUCACUGAAACUGAAUUCUCGGCAGAUCUUUACAGUCGUUCACUUUAA